AUGGAUCAUCGUCCCUACAAACGCUCACUUUCAUCUCCUUCGUAUCGCCCACAUGGGUCUCAUCCGUUACGAUUUGAAAAUGCUGUCGUAGAGAUUGACGAAGGGGAUGUUCAUCAUCUCCCCCAACCCCUUGAUUGUUUAAUCGGGACACCAAUUCCGCCAUUUUUGUCAAAGACCUAUGAUUUGGUGGAUGACCCGAGAUUAAACCAUAUCAUCUCAUGGAGCGAUAAUGGCGCAAGCUUCAUUGUGUGGGACCCAGUGGAGUUCGCAAGGGGUUUUCGCAAGAUUGAUACAGACAGGUGGGAAUUCGCGUGUGAAAGCUUCUUAAAAGGAAAAAGGCAUCUCUUGAAGAACAUCAAGAGGCGCAAAUCACAACAGAUUGAAGAAUGGAAUUCGAAUUCCAAUUCCAUUGAAAACGAGGUGGAAAGAUUACAGAAAGAGAAGAUGGAAAUGAUGCAAGAGGUAAUGAAGCUACAACAACAGCAACGUGGGACUCAUGAGUAUAUGGAAUCAGUGAAUGAAAAGCUUCAAGCUGCUGAAAACAGACAAAAGCUUAUGAUUUCAUCUUUGGCUAAAGCUUUCAAGAUUCCAACACUGUUAAGGAAUCGCAUUUCUUCUCAAAGAAGGGUUCGUAAGUUUGUGAAGCAUCAAUCCCAUGAUCAGGAUCUUGGAUUUGAUCCAAUUCCAGUUGAUGACAAUGUUUGGAAUCCUGAUUCCGAUUCCGGUUUAAAAAGUAUUGAUUUACAUGAACUCGGUCAACCCAAAGAUUUGACUAAAGAGAGCGCUGUUGUUCUUGAUGACUGUGUAGUUAAACAGGAAGAUAUUUGGAGCUUGGAUUUUGAAACGAUUGCUGGAAUUCCUCAUUCCAAUGACUGGAAUGAUGUUGGAAUUCCUCAUUCCGAUGAGUUGGCGGAGUUUGGUGGUGGAGAUUUUUCUGAUUUCUGGGAUUUAGCAGCUUCCGGUGGUGAACAUGGUGAAACUAGUAAAAACCAAUACGGGUUUUGA